AGUUUGAUGAAAAAAUUGCUGAUGAUGAUCAAACACCCCACAGUUUUUGCACAAUACCCAUUAUAUCUCUCUCUCAAUUUUCUAGAGAGAGACACAAAAAAUCGGGUAGUGUGUGAGAGAAAGAAGCAAACAGAUGUAGACAGGCGUCCUAGGGGGGCCACGUGUUGUCUUCUCAUUGGCUCGCGACUUUCUCUCUCUACACGAUAUACAUACAAAGCAAAGCCUCUGGGUGCCAUGUCAGUUUGUGCGAACAUAAGUGGGAGAUCUAUGAUUAAAGCUUGUGGAAGAUACUUAAUGGAAUGAUUCUAUAUAGAUGAAUUGCUUGGGACAAAUAUGAAGGAUAACGACUCAAGUACAAUGAUUAACAGGAAUUGGGUGUUAAAACGGAAACGAGGAAAGCAUCCAUAUAGUCCGGAUACAUCCAACAGCAUUAAAUCCAAUCCCUUACCUCCUGAACCAGCUGAAAAUGCGUCAUCGAUACUCGAGGGGAAAUCUGAGACAAUCUCUUGUCGUAUUUCUAGCAAGAAGAAAGGAAAUGAUGGGUACUUCUAUGAAUGUGUAAUUUGUGAUCUUGGUGGCAACCUGUUAUGUUGUGAUAGUUGUCCACAAACCUAUCAUCUUCAAUGCCUAGAUCCGCCUCUUAAGCGUAUUCCAAAUGGUAAGUGGGAAUGUCCAACCUGCAGUGUGAAAAGUGAUUCACAAGAUUUAAAAAACAACUCAGAUCCACUCCCAAAGCGAGCUAGAACGAAGACAACCCUAGGAAAGUCUGAUGUUGGAAAUAGAUCAGUUGACACGGACAAAAAGUCCAUUAUAUUAGGAAGCUCUAAACUUCAGAAAAACCAAUCGUCGAGCAAAGGAAAAUCUCUGUCAUCUCAUCUCACUCAGUCCAUCGGAGAGAACCUAGUCUCUGCAAAUGUGAUUCCCAGCAAUAAACCAAGCCGUUUAUCUUCGGAUGGUUCUGCAGAGGGUAGUUCACCAGUUUUGAAGGUUGCUAAUGACAAUCUACCUGAAUUGUCUCCAACAGCUACAACCAAACAGGCAAAGUCCGUUUCUCCUACUGAGGCAUCAGGAGCUAGAUUGGGCACAGACAAGAAUGAAGUAAUUCUUGAGAAAAUGUCCGACGCUUCCAACAUUGUCGAAUCUCUGGAAAAAGAAGUUGUUCCUGUGCUUGAUGCUGCCACUCGUAAAUUUAGAAAGAGAAAACACAAGUUUUAUAUCGAUGACAAUCAAAAGAAGCCUAAAGCUGGCAAAAACAGUAGUGCUGUCAACACAUUAGAAAAGCAGGAGGAAGAAAAUUCUGGCAGUUGUCAGAUAAAGAAACCUCACUCAAAGCCUGCUUUAAAAGGAAAAUCUUCCAGAACUCGAGCUAGUAAUAAACCUCAGAGAAAGCACGUGGCAGAAGAGAAAUCUUUCAGUUCUCAACCGAGUAGAACUCGUCGAAAGCAUAAAAAAGUUUCGGAUGGAGCUCCAGCAUCUCUGUUGAAAAAUGACCUCAGCACAGAGAUAGAUAUCCCCUCAAGAGACGAGUUGUCUAUCAUGCAGAUGGUUUCUGAGGAACCAGGACAGAAUGAAUCACAUGCAGCGAAACAUCCUCUAGUUGAACCAUUGAUAUCCGAGGAUAUCCCUCCUGGUGCUCAACAGGUUGAUAGGGUUCUGGGGUGUCGAGUGAGAGGCAGUGAAUCGAAUUCUUCACACUGCAGCACUCUGGUUGACACACAUGACCUGCCUGCCAAAACAUCUCUUUCUUCAGAUGAUUUUAAUAAUAUUUCUGAGAACAAUACUAGUUAUGAUACUCAUAUGGAUGGUGGAGCCACUGUACACAGAUCAAAAGCUGCACAGGAGACCUUAAAUCAAUUCAAUGAAGUAAAAAAUGUCAAUAAAGGUUCUGAUGCAAACAAGAUUAAUGUGUAUAGAAGAUCAAUGAUUAAAGAAUGCAGGGAAGGUGGUUCCAUGGAUACAAUGCCAAAUGACAAACAAUGUACUGAAUCAAAUGCAUUAAAUACUAAAAAUGAAGUCAUUUCUGCUUGGAGUACCGAAGAUCUUGAACAAACAGCUGAAAAGAAAUCGAUGGGAGAAAGCACAAAUAACACUAGUCUUGAUAAUGAUGCAGGUUCAGGAAGUCCUCAAAUGGCUAGACCUCAGGGACAUGAAGAUGCACAGAAAGUGGAAAUGGAAAUCACAACUGAUUGUGUUCCUGAAACAAUAGUGAAGGACCCUUUAAUGCCACAACUUGCAUGCUCUAACGGAGUCAUGGUUGAAUAUGAGUUUUUAGUCAAGUGGGUUGGGAAAUCUCAUCUCCACAACUGUUGGAUAUCGGAAUCCCAUCUAAAAGUUCUUGCAAAGAGAAAACUAGACAAUUACAAGACAAAGUAUGGGAGGUCACUGAUUAAUAUAUGUGAUGAACGCUGGAAGAGGCCACAGCGGGUAAUUGCACUUCAUUCCAUUGCAGAUGAUUCUAAAGAGGUAUUAGUGAAAUGGACUGCACUUCCCUAUGAUGAAUGCACCUGGGAGAGAGUUGAUGAACCUGUCAUCACAAGAUUUUCCAAAUUAGUUGAUUUAUUUAAUCAGUUUGAAUGCCGAACUGUGGAAAAUGAUACAGCAAAUGAUGACAUGUUGAGGGGCAAGGGGGGGCUUCACCAUGGAAAGAUAGAGCCUCUCACUGAGCAGCCUAAGGAGCUUGCAGGAGGUUCCUUAUUCCCACAUCAGCUGGAAGCAUUGAAUUGGCUGCGCAAGAGCUGGUGUAAAUGCAGGAAUGUUAUACUUGCUGAUGAAAUGGGUCUUGGGAAAACAGUAUCAGCUGCUGCUUUUCUAUCAUCAUUGUACUUUGAGUUUAAAGCUAGACUUCCUUGUCUGGUUUUGGUUCCUCUUUCCACAAUGCCAAAUUGGAUGGCUGAGUUCACACUAUGGGCCCCAGAGCUGAAUGUUGUUGAGUAUCAUGGUUCAGCCAAAGCAAGAGCUAUGAUACGGAAAUAUGAGUGGCAUGCUAGUGAUCCAAGUGGUUCAAAUAAACAGACAACUUCUUAUAAAUUUAAUGUUCUUUUAACUACUUAUGAGAUGGUUCUUGUCGAUUCCUCGCAUCUAUCUGCAGUUCCUUGGGAAGUUCUUGUAGUUGAUGAAGGGCACCGGCUGAAGAACUCAAGUAGUAAGCUUUUUGGCAUGCUCAAUACCUUCAAAUUCCAACAUCGCGUGCUUUUGACUGGGACUCCUCUUCAGAAUAACAUAGGAGAGAUGUACAACUUGCUACAUUUUUUACAGCCAGCCUCGUUCCCUUCGCUGUCUUCAUUCGAAGAAAAAUUUAAUGAUCUUGCUACUGCCGAAAAGGUGGAGGAGUUAAAAAAACUCGUUGCUCCACACAUGCUGCGGAGACUUAAAAAGGAUGUAAUGCAGAAUAUCCCUCCUAAGACCGAACGAAUGGUUCCAGUUGAGUUGUCAUCCAUUCAAGCUGAGUACUACCGUGCUAUGUUGACAAAGAACUAUCAGAUACUGCGCAACAUAGGAAAAGGGGUUGCUCAACAGUCAAUGUUAAAUAUUGUGAUGCAGUUAAGAAAGGUGUGCAACCAUCCUUAUCUCAUUCAAGGUUCUGAGCCUGAAACAGGAUCGCCAGAAUAUCUUCAUGAAAUGAGGAUAAAAGCUUCAGCAAAAUUGACAUUAUUGCAUUCUAUGCUUAAAAUUUUACACAAGGAUGGCCAUAGAGUCCUUAUAUUUUCUCAAAUGACAAGGCUUCUCGAUAUUCUCGAAGAUUAUUUGAAUAUUGAAUUUGGUCCAGGAACGUUUGAGAGAGUGGAUGGCUCUGUUUCUGUAUCUGACCGCCAAACUGCCAUUACUCGAUUUAACCAGGACAAAAGUCGUUUUGUGUUCCUAUUAUCAACACGUUCUUGUGGCCUUGGGAUUAAUUUGGCAACUGCUGACACUGUCAUCAUCUAUGAUUCAGACUUCAAUCCGCAUGCAGAUAUUCAAGCAAUGAAUCGAGCACAUCGUAUUGGACAAUCAAAUAGGCUAUUAGUGUACAGGCUUGUUGUCCGUGCUAGUGUUGAAGAACGCAUCUUGCAGCUGGCAAAGAGGAAAUUGAUGCUUGAUCAGCUAUUUGUUAAUAAAUCUGGGUCUCAGAAGGAGGUAGAAGAUAUUCUACGCUGGGGGACCGAACAGCUAUUUAAUGAUUCUUCUAGCACUUCCAGUAAAGAUGUAGGUGAAAACCAUAUCAGCAAAGAUGAGGCAGGUGUUGAUAUCGAGCCCAAUCGUAGGAGGAGAACUGGUGCCCUUGGGGAUGUAUACAAGGAUAAGUGCACAGAUGGAAGCAGUAAGAUAGUCUGGGAUGAAAAUGCUAUUCUGAAAUUGUUAGACCGUUCAAUCAUUCAAUCUAGUUCACCUGAUAAUGCUGAUGGGGAUGCAGAGAAUGACAUGCUUGGUUCAGUUAAGUCACUAGAAUGGAAUGAUGAACCACCAGAGGAGCAAGAGAUAAGUGAAUCACUUACAGUGGUGAAUAAUGAUAAUUCUGUGCAACACUCUGGAAAUAAAGAAGAUAAGGUGGUGGCGGUUGCUGCAGAUAAUGAAUGGGAUAGGCUGCUGCGUGACAGAUGGGAGAAAUUUCAAAUUGAAGAGGAAGCAACUCUUGGAAGAGGUAAACGCCAAAGAAAAGCUGUUUCCUAUAGAGAAGCCUAUGCUCCUAAUCCUGCAGAGACACCAAGUGAGGGUGGUGGUAAUGGUGGUGGUGCUGGCGGAGGUGAUGAAGUGCGGGAGCCAGAGCGGGAAUAUACCCCAGCAGGUCGAGCCCUAAAAGCAAAGUUUGCUAAGCUUCGUGCUAGACAAAAAGAACGCUUGUCUCGAAGCAGUGCCAUUAAUGCAUCUGGUCCGGCUCUGGGAUCGUCUCUUAUCGAAACCUCCAUGGUCCCUUCAUCCAGUGCUCCAGAAAGACAUCAGAUGACUAAGUUAGACCAUCGAAAGAGUGAGGAUUUUGUAGCAAUUGAUAUAGAAGGUAACAACCGUCAUCAAAAAUUAGAGGCGCAGAAGACCCAGCCUGGCUUGGUGGCAAGGCUGAGCAAGUUACCAAAAAAUAAAAUGAGAAGUUAUGAAGAUUUUCCUGGUCAAGCUGGUGAGAAUUCAUUGCCAAACAACAAUUUGUUACCUGUUUUGGGACUUUGUGCUCCGAAUGCUAGUCAGAUGGAGUCGUCCGAGAGGAAUAUCUCCAAAUCUUACCGCAAGCAAAAUAAGCAAGGGAGCAGGACAGGUUUCCCCUUUGACAUAGCUCCACUUCGAGAAACAUCAACUGAGACAGAUGGCAAACCACGUGAUCUUGCCUCAGAAAACUUUAUAUUGCCGAAAGCAUCUUUAGAAGCUCUGCAGCAUGGUCUGAAAUUAAGCAAACCUGAUACUUAUGCUCAGAAUUCCUUUCCCUUUCCACAGGGAAAUGGUCCUAAUCAUCUAGAUACACGUGGACCGAGUUCUUCUGAAUUUCAAGAAAAGUCAGCAUUGCCAAAACUACCGUUUGACGAGAAAUUGCUCCCCAGAUUCCCAUUUCCAGCCACUAAUGUACCCCAUCCACAUCCUGACCUGUUCCCCAACUUAACAUUGGGUUCCAGAGCUGGGAAUAUAAGUGACUCUGUUCGCGGGCUUCCUGAAAUGCCUUUCCUGCCAAAUUUAAAGCUCUCGCGUGAAGAACCAUCUAGAUACGAGCAACAUGGUAUCGAAGUGAAUCCUCUGCUAGGAUUAGGUCAGAUGCCACAUACCUAUUCAUCAUUUCCUGAAAAUCACAGGAAGGUUCUCGAGAACAUAAUGAUGAGAACUGGAUCAGGACCAAGCAACUUUCUUAAAAGAAAAGGUAUUAAAGAUAUAUGGACCGAAGAUGAACUGGAUUUUCUGUGGAUUGGUGUUCGUAGACAUGGACGGGGUAAUUGGGAUGCUAUGAUUCGAGAUCCAAGGUUAAAAUUUUCCAAGUUCAAGACUCCAGAAGAUCUGUUAAUCAGAUGGGAGGAGGAACAACAUAAGAUUUUGGACAUUCCAACUCUUCCGGUGCAAAAACCAUUCAAGUCUUCAAAAUCAGCAAAAUCUCCAUUAUUUCCAGGAAUUUCUGAUGCAAUGAUGACCAGAGCACUUCAUGGAAGCAGAUUUGCGGGUCCAAAAAAAUUUCAGCCGCACCUGACAGACAUGAAAUUGGGUUUAAACAAUCAACCAUCUUACUUGCCACAUUUUGAGCCCACUGAGCAGCAUGAUUUACCCAGUGAACAUAUACCUUCUGAUUCCACUUGGAAGGCUAAUAACCACCAGAAACGUUUUUUAGGGUCAUCGUCUGUCAGACAAUAUGAUAGACCGGGAACUUCUAACUUACACAAUGAGCAGCCAUUUCUUCUCGAUAUGUUAGGAGGCAGUAGUUUUGGCUCCCCUGGUUUAAAUUGUUCAAGCAGCUUUAAUAUACAGAAGCAGGAGAAUGAACUGUGUGUUAGUAGGAGUUCGAAGCUGCCAACAUUUCCUGAAAAGUCCCAUAACAUUUUGCGUGAUUCUGAUAAUAUGGGAAGUGGGAAAUUAAAGACUUCAGCCUUGUUGGCCGAUCCUGAUAAAGAUCAGAUUAUGGUCCACUCGAAGCUGAAAGACAUUGCUGGAAGUUCUUCGAAAAAUGAGCUGCCUCAUUGGCUUCGGGAAGCUGUAGGAGGUCCUGCAAAACCAGUACCUGGUGUACCACCGAGUGUCUCUGCAAUUGCACAAUCAGUUCGUAUACUAUAUGGGGAUGAUAACUCAACCAUUUCUCCACUUUUUACUCCUGCCCUGCCUCCUGCCGAACCAAAGGAUCCACGAAGAACAUUUAAGAAAAAGAAAAGACGAAGAGAUAGGGCUCGAAAGCUCAAGAAGUUCUCUCAGGAUAUUGCUGGAACCAGUCACAGAUUUCAAUGCAACGUUCAGGCUGAGAAUGUUGAUUCUCCUCAUCCCCUUAUGCCGCAACUAUCUGCUGCAAUGCCAGGACUCCCUUGUUUGGAGCCUAGCGUUAAUAUGCCUCCUCCCAGGGUGAACGUAUCCACUUUGUCAGCUGCUUCAGUAUAUUCACUUGCUCAAAAGAACAAGCUUACUGAAACUGUUCCAUCUUCUGAAGUGCUUCAGUUAGUAGCGUCCGGUGUAGAUCCACGUCCACCAGAAACAAGUUCAAAAUCCCUGGUAGAUCCACGUCCACCAGAACCAAGCUCAAAAUCCCUGGAAAGCAGUUUUCCGCUUCCAGAUUCUGCUGAACAAGUCAUCCUGCCAGUCUCGGAGAGUGCAUUUGAGGAGCAGAAAGGCAAGGAGUUUCAAUCUAGUGUGAUGAGUCCAGGCACAAAGGAGAAAGCAGGGCAGAUCAAAAGCAGGGAUUCCAGCGAGACUCAUUCAGAUCCUAUUCAGCGUGAAGCAGGAGAAACAUCAUCAGAAGGUACAGUCUCGGAUCAUUGUAGGAGUGAGCAAGAACCGUAGACUUGCAUGGGUAAAGCUAUUCAAUUGCUUUGUCCAUCUUUUCCUCAAAAUUUAGACCCCUUAAUGAAUCUGUGUUACAAUUUUGUAGAGAUGAUCCAGUUGGGUGUUCACUUAGCGAAUUUGGGGUCUGUAGAAUAGUUUGUGUAGAUUUUAGCGCAAAAAGAAAUAUAUGAGUUCUUGCUUGGUACUGUUUUACAUGGCUGGAGAUUAACUUUAUUUGAAACAAUAUUUAUUAGAACACAAAGGUUAGGCGGUUUUCAUUUGUGA